AUGUCUCUGCAGGUGAUGCUGCAGGAGCGAAUCAGCUUUGCCCAGGAGCUGCUGCAGCGGGCGGAGCAGCUGAGGCGGGUGGAGGAGCGGAGGGGGCAGGUGGAGGAGCGGGGGGGGCAGGUGGAGGAGCGAGUCGGAGGGCAAGUGGAGGAGCGGGGGGGGCAGGUGGAGGAGCGGAGGGGGCAGGUGGAGGAGCGAGUCAGAGGGCAGGUGGAGGAGCGAGUCGGAGGGCAGGUGGAGGAGCGGGGGGGGCAGGUGGAGGAGCGAGUGGAGGAGCGGGGGGGGCAGGUGGAGGGGCGGGUGAAGCUGUGCGGGAAGCUGCGGGCUGAGCUGCGCUUCCUGCGGCGGGUGGAGAGCGGCGAGCUGCAGGUGAAGCUGUCUCACCUGCACAGCACCAACCUGACGCACCUGGCCGCCAUCGUGGAGACGGCGGAGAGUCUGGACGGCGUGGUCGCGCUGCUGCACGUCUUCACCUACCAGGACGCCGGCGGCCGGCGGCAGACGCUGGUGGUGGACGUGGUGGCGAACGGCGGGCUCACCUGGGUGAAGGCGGUGGGCAGGAAGGCGGAGGCUCUGCACAACAUCUGGCAGGGACGCGGUCACUACGGCGACAAGAGCAUCAUCCGGCAGGCCGAGGACUUCCUGCUCGCCAGCCGGCAGCAGCCCGUCCAGUACCGACACCCGCACGUCGUCUUCGCCUUCUACAACGGCGUCUCCUGCCCCAUGGCCGCGCACCUCAAACACAUGGGCGUCUCCGUACGCGGGGACAUCGUGGCCGUCAACGCCGUGGUGACGGAGGAGGAGGAGCAGGAGGAGGAGGAGCAGCAGGAGGAGGAGCAGCAGGAGGAGCAGCAGCAAGAGGAGCAGCUCAGCGACUCCUCUGCGGAUGAGGAGGAGCUGACCCGGGUGGACCGCGGCACCGUGGUGGCGAGCUUGGCGUUCCCGGCUCAGGUGGAAGUGGAGGAGUGCCGGCGGGUGAACCUCGACAUCACCACGCUCAUCACCUACGUGUCGGCGCUGAGUCACGGCCACUGCCACUUCUCCUUCCGGGAGGAGGUGCUGACGGAGCAGGCGGCCCAGGAGCGCCGGGAGCAGGUGCUGCCACGCCUCCAGGCCUUCAUGGAGGGGAAGGAGCUGUUCGCCUGCCGCGCCGCCGUCAGCGACUUCCAGCUGAUCCUCGACACGCUGGGCGGGCCCGGCGAGAAGGAGCGCGCCCGCCUGCUGCUGGCUCGCCUGCAGCUGGUGGACGACCGGCCGUCGGAGCGCUCGCUGCGCCUCACGCUCAGCGCCAAGGUCAGCCGCCGCUCGCUCGCCAUCUUCGGCACAGGGGACUCGCUGAGAGCCGUUACCAUGACGGCAAACAGCCGCUUCAUUAGGGCGGCGGCCAAUCAGGGCGUCCGAUACAGCGUGUUCAUCCACCAACCGCGAGCGCUCACCGAGGGGAAAGAGUGGAGGGCCACACCCGUCUGAGAGAGAGAUGCAUCAUGGGAGUUUGAGUUCAUGUAAAUACGGAACUGAUCAAUAAAGUUUCACAAUCA